UUCAUACCAAAGAACACCUGUACCAGCUCAAGGGAAGUCUUUGUAGAAAAAGAAUUUUUAACAUUGGAAAAGCCAUGACGGACUCCAACAAGAUGAUCAUCAACUUGGCCCUGUUUGGCAUGACUCAGAGUGGAAAAAGUUCUGCUGGCAACAUUCUUCUAGGAAGCACUGACUUCCACAGCAGCUUUGCUCCAUGUUCUGUGACCAGAGAGUGUAGUCUGGGCCGCAGUUGUCACCUCCAUGGCUUCAUGCGUCGAGGGGGGCAAGAGGUAACCCUGCAGGUCCGGGUGCUGGACACUCCAGGUUAUCCGCACAGCAAGCUGAGCAAGGCACGUGUGAAACAGGAGGUGAAAGAGGCCCUGGAACAUCACUUUGGGCAAGAGGGUCUCCAUCUUGCACUGCUGGUCCAGAGAGCAGACGUGCCUCUCUGCGGACAGGAGGCAUCUCCCUCAGUCCAGAUGAUCCAGGAGCUUCUGGGACAUGCUUGGAAGAAUUAUACUGCCAUUCUUUUCACCCAUGCAGAAAAAAUAGAAGAGGCUGGGUUCAAUGAAGCUGAAUAUUUACACGAGGCCUCUGAUACAUUGCUGACCCUACUAAACUCUGUUCAGCACAGAUAUAUUUUCCAGCAUAAAAAAGGAACCUCGCUUAAUGAACAAAGAAUAAAAGUCUUAGAAAAAAUAAUGGAAUUUAUAAGAGAAAAUAGCUACCAAGUUCUUACCUUUAAAUAACAUUUAGAUAAAAGGAAAAGAACAUUGGGUUUUAAUACCAGAAACUUGGUUUCAAAAGGGUCUUUGUUAGAAAGGAUGUGGACCAUGAGAAUGCCAAUAUCCUGACAGUGAAAGUGUACACUGGUAUACACACUAUGGAAAUUACCCAAAUGUUCAUCAACAGUAGCAUGGAUAAGCAAAUACUGGUAUUUCACACAAUAACAUGUUAUAUGGUAAUGGGAAUGAAUGAACUGCAUGUAACAGUAUCAAUGAAUUGCCUAAACAUAAUGCUGAAAGCAAGAAGCCAAACAAACUCCAUAAGUGUUGUCACAAACUUGAUUUUCAAUAUUUGAGUACCUUUUUCAUAUAUUCUUGUCUUUGAUUGGUGUUUUCAUCUUACACACCUAUUGCUAAUAACAAUUUGAUCAAUGUAAAGUCAUAUCUUACUGUUACCUUAAUGUCCAUUUCCCAGACUACUACUGAAUUGAAGUAUUUUUUUAUAAGCAUGUUGGUCAUUAGAUUUGCUCUUCUAUGAAUUGCCUCUUCAUAUUUAUUGUACUUUUUCUAUUGGAUUACUUCUCACAAAGAUUCUGUGUUUAACCAAAACUUUAGAAAGGCUCCUGAAACUUCUCCAGGCCCAUCUGUGCCUUGUAAAAUCUAGUUUUAGCAAGAACCAGGCUGCUUAAACUAAGUCAGUUUAACAAGAAUCCUCUACCUUCUUUUUGGGAUUGGAUUUCUCAUCCUCUAUUAUCCCCCUGGUGAUGUUGGAUCACCCUUGCUUGUCUGCAGCAAAGAUCCUAUUAGGUUGAUGUGGCCAGAUUCCCCUGACCCUUGGUGCUUCCUCUUGGUAACUGUCCAUCCACAGAUCCCCACCCCUGCUACUUGGCUAUAAAUUCCCACUUCCCAUACUGGGCCCAAUCUCUCUCCCCACUGUAAAAUCCCAUUGUGGUUCCUAUAUCUAUCUUGGUAUUACCAUCAGGUCUGCCUUACCAACUUUAACAGUGCCACUGAAUAUAUUUUUCUUGAACACCUCUUGCUUGGCAAAUUGGAAGAGCUCUAUCUAAUCUAAUAAAAGACAAACAUGCAAAUUGACCGUACCUUCACUAUGUCUUAAGUGACGCCCACCAGCCAAUCAGAGCGACUAUAUGCAAAUUAA